AUGGCCCUGGUGCUGGAUGGCAUUAACCCCUUUGUUGGGGCGGCCUUUAGCUUUGGACUGUCGGUGCUCCAAGCAUUCACGGCUGCCAAGAGUCAGCUCAACUUGGCUCAGGUCUUGAGUGAUCUCCGCAAGCAGAUCCUGGAAGAGGUGGAGGGCUACGUGUCCCAAGAGUUUGCGCAGCGGGAUCGGAAUGACGCCAAAGCUGCGGCGGUGCAGGCAACCAACUUCUUCCUGAAGGAUUGGAGAUGGACAUGCUCAGAAUCUUCCGGCAAUGCCUCGCAAAUCUGGUCCUGCAAGCAGCAGAAGGCGGCCUUCACAGAUGCAAUGAAGUCAGAAGUGCUGAAUCCUGAAAUACUGCGGACGGUCUUUGGAGAAAGCUGCGUGGACCCAGACGGGCGGCCCGUUGAAGAUCCGAACAAGAUUUGCGCGGAGUUUCAGUCCGAGACGCUGCUUUGGAACCAGUCGGCCUUUGUGGAGAUGUACCUUCAGAAUUCACAACUUGAUUGA